UUUAUCCAAGAAAACCAACCCUCCCAUGUUGAGGCGAAACAGGUAGAGGGGAAUCAAAAAAGAAAAGAUCAGACCGGGCUGCUCGUUGAUCCAUUCUCAUAUUAAAAAAUGGCAAAAAAAAAGUGUUCAAUCAUUGGGUUUUCUGACAACAGCCGCGCCGUGUAACAGGAUUUCUCUUCUCUCUCUGUUGUUUAUGAGUGCUUUUCUCUCUGUUGUUUAUGAGUGCUUUUCUCUCUGUUGUUUAUGAAUCUUUCUCAAGGUAAUUGAAGUAUCUUUCUUUUUCUUCAAGUCUCUAAAAGCUAUUAAAGUCUCAUCACUAGGCUGUAUCUCUUCUUAUCUGUAAAGCUCCACAAUAAGGUAUAAUCAAGGUUGAGAAGGGUCUUUCAACUUUCUAGGGAGGGGCUUUCGAUUUUCUAGAAAAUGGGGAGUGUAAAAGGAGAGAAAUUCAGGUUUUGUAUUGAUAGAGGGGGCACAUUCACGGACAUAUAUGCAGAGGUUCCUGGUGAACCAGCAUGUCGGGUCAUGAAGCUUUUAUCGAUUGAUCCGUCAAAUUAUGAGGAUGCCCCUAUUGAAGGAAUCAGAAGAAUUUUAGAAGAGUGCACUGGCAAAAAGAUCCCCCGUUCUUCAAAGAUCCCUACUGAUAAGAUAGAGUCGAUUCGAAUGGGCACCACUGUUGCAACGAAUGCACUUCUUGAAAGAAAGGGUGAGAGAAUUGCUGUGUGUGUUACUAAGGGGUUCAAGGAUUUGCUAAAAAUUGGUAAUCAAGCUCGACCCAACCUAUUCGAUCUAACAGUUUCGAUGCCUUCCACUCUUUAUGAGGAAGUAAUAGAGGCUGAUGAAAGGAUUGAGCUUGUGCUUGAUGGAGAAGAAGAAGCCAAUAGCCAGGGCUUUGUUAAAGGGAUAUCAUGUGAGAUAAUUCGAAUCUCAAAGCCCUUAGAUGAAGAAGCCCUCAGGCCACUGUUAAAAGGCCUUCUUGCCAAAGGCAUUUGCUGCUUGGCUGUUGUUCUAAUGCAUUCUUACACAUAUCCACAACACGAAUUAGCAGUGGAGCACCUUGCUCGAAGUAUGGGUUUCAAGCACGUGUCCCUAUCUUCUAAAUUGACACCAAUGGUUCGAGCAGUGCCUCGAGGGCUCACAGCAACUGUCGAUGCAUAUCUCACCCCUGUUAUAAAAGAAUAUCUCUCGGGUUUCAUGUCAAUGUUUGAGAAGGGAUCGGAGGGAGUGAAUGUGUUGUUUAUGCAAUCGGAUGGUGGUCUUGCACAAGAGAGUCGAUUCUCUGGCCACAAGGCUGUGCUAUCUGGUCCAGCUGGUGGGGUUGUGGGCUACUCACAGACCCUUUUCAGGCUCGAAACUGAAAAAGGCAUAAUUGGUUUUGAUAUGGGAGGGACUUCUACUGAUGUGAGCCGAUACGCUGGAAGUUAUGAGCAAGUUCUCGAGACCCAAAUUGCUGGGUCAAUCAUCCAAGCCCCUCAACUUGACAUAAACACUGUAGCAGCUGGUGGUGGUUCAAAACUCAAGUUUCAAUUAGGGACUUUUCGGGUUGGGCCUGAAUCAGUGGGUGCACACCCUGGUCCAGUUUGUUACCGAAAAGGUGGUGAAUUGGCUGUAACUGAUGCUAAUCUCAUACUUGGCACUGUGAUUCCUGACUAUUUCCCUUCCAUAUUUGGACCCAAUGAGGAUCAGCCAUUAGAUGUCGAGGCCACAAGAGAAGAAUUCAGGAAGCUUUCGGUUGUGAUCAAUAGUUAUAGAAAGAGUCAGGAUCCUCUGGCAAAGGACAUGGGUAUUGAGGAGACUGCCCUAGGGUUCAUCAAUGUGGCUAAUGAAACCAUGUGUCGGCCUAUUCGUCAGCUCACUGAAAUGAAGGGCCAUGAGACAAGGAACCAUGCACUUGGUUGCUUUGGAGGAGCAGGGCCACAACAUGCUUGUGCCAUAGCUCGGUCCUUGGGCAUGACUGAGGUCCUUAUUCAUAGAUAUUGUGGGAUCUUAAGUGCGUAUGGCAUGGGAUUAGCAGAUGUUAUCGAAGAGGCGCAGGAGCCUUACUCUGCAGUUUAUGGGCCAGACUCUGCUUCAGAGGCCUCGCGUCGAGAGACCAUCUUGACCGAGCAGGUGAGGCUUAAGCUUACGGACCAAGGAAUUGAAGAUGGAAGCAUCACUACCGAGUCAUACUUGAACUUGAGAUAUGAGGGAACUGACACUGCUAUAAUGGUCAAGAAACCAGAGAAAGGAGGGGGAAGUUAUGCCGAGGAGUUUGUGAGGCUUUUUCAGCAAGAGUAUGGAUUCAAGCUCCAAAAUAGGCAGAUCCUUGUAUGUGAUGUAAGGGUCCGAGGAGUUGGGUGUACCAACAUUUUGAAGCCCCAAAUAGUUAACAGGGUUUUUGAAGCUCCCAAAUCUGAGAGGUGUUAUAAUGUAUACUUUAGAGGUGGAUGGAAGGAGACCCCGUUGUUCAAGCUCGAGAAUUUGGGCUAUGGGCAUGUUAUAGAUGGCCCUACUAUCAUCAUGAAUGGAAACAGCACUGUCAUAGUGGAACCGGGAUGCAAAGCAAAUAUUACCAAGUAUGGGAACAUAAGAAUUGAGAUAACCUCAGCCCCAAACACUAUAACCCUAUCAGAGAAAGAGGCUGACGUGGUGGAAUUAUCUAUCUUUAACCAUAGGUUCAUGGGUAUAGCUGAACAAAUGGGCCGGACACUCCAAAGAACGUCCAUAUCCACAAACAUAAAGGAGAGGCUUGAUUUCUCGUGCGCUUUGUUUUGUCCGAAUGGUGGCUUAGUGGCCAAUGCCCCCCAUGUCCCAGCUCAGUUAGGAGCCAUGUCUAGUGCCGUGUCUUGGCAGCUCAAGUAUUGGGGUGGUAACCUAAAAGAAGGCGAUGUACUAGUCACAAACCAUCCAUCAGCUGGAGGAAACCAUCUCCCUGAUAUAACAGUAAUCACCCCAGUUUUUGACAAGGGAAAAUUGGUGUUUUUUGUUGCAAAUCGAGGUCACCAUGCUGAAAUUGGGGGCAUUACACCCGGUAGCAUGCCUUCUUUCUCAAAGGCAAUUUGGGAAGAAGGGGCUACCAUUAAAGCAUUCAAGCUCGUAGAGAAAGGGAUUUUCCAAGAAGAAGGAAUAAUAAAAUUGCUAGAAUCUCCAUUUAUAGGAGGUAACAAAAAUAUUCCUGGGACACGAAGGCUCCAAGACAACCUCUCUGACCUUAGCGCCCAAGUAGCUGCAAACCAAAGGGGGAUAGGGCUCAUCAAAGAACUCAUCGAGCAAUACGGCCUGGCGCAUGUUCAAGCCUAUAUGGACCAUGUUCAAACCAAUGCUGAAUUGGCGGUUAGGGAGUUGCUACGGUCAGUAGCUGCUAAAGUUUCCAAGCUGCCCAACAGUGAAAAACGUGGUGAUUCAGUUAUUUUAGAGGAAGAGGACUACAUGGAUGAUGGAUCCAUAAUCCAUCUCAAACUAACAAUUGAUGGCAUCAAGGGCGAAGCUAUCUUUGAUUUCGAAGGAACAAGCCCCGAAGUCCAUGGCAAUUGGAAUGCCCCUGAAGCUGUAACUACAGCGGCGGUUAUAUAUUCUCUUCGAUGCCUAGUAGGCGUUGAUAUUCCUCUUAACCAGGGGUGCUUAGCCCCAGUUAUUAUCAAAAUCCCCCCUGGUUCGUUUCUCUCUCCCAGUGAUAAAGCAGCUGUGGUAGGAGGCAAUGUGCUCACUUCUCAAAGAAUUGCAGAUGUUAUACUCACUGCCUUUCAGGCUUGCGCAUGUUCUCAAGGGUGUAUGAAUAAUCUGACUUUUGGGGAUAACACAUUUAGUUACUAUGAAACAAUUGGAGGGGGUUGUGGAGCUGGACCCAGUUGGAAUGGGACCAGUGGGGUGCAAUGCCAUAUGACCAAUACAAGGAUUACAGAUCCUGAGAUACUAGAGCAAAGAUACCCUGUGCUGUUGCAUAGGUUUGGGUUGAGAGAGAAGAGUGGGGGUGCUGGUAAGUUUAAGGGGGGAGAGGGGUUGGUAAGAGAAAUAGAGUUCAGGCGCCCUGUGGUGGUUAGCAUGCUUUCGGAGAGGAGGGUGCAUGCGCCUAGAGGGUUGAAGGGAGGGAAAAAUGGGGCCCGGGGGGCUAAUUUCUUGAUUAGGAGAAAUAAAACAAGGGUUUAUCUUGGGGGAAAGAGGACUAUUGAGGUCAGGCCAGGAGAGGUCCUUCAGAUAUUGACACCGGGGGGUGGUGGAUGGGGUUGCCCUGAGUGAUCUCCUGCCGGUCCUCCCCCCUCAUCAGUCAGUCAGAAAGAAAGAAAAAAUAAAAAAAACCUACUCUCUCUCUCUCUCUCCCUGUUUUGGUGAGAUUUAAAAUUGUACGUGACAUGUUAACGCAUGUCGGUGGGAAUGGAAUGGAAUGGAGGGUGGGACGUUACGUUGAUGAAGCAUCCGCUCCCUCCCUAUCCAUGAAAUACCCUAACCCCAUUCCCAAAGUGAGAUUAAGUUAUAAUUAGGGUGCUAGAGUGGAGUGCUACGCAUUGAGGGAAGUAAGAGAAAUAUUGGAGAAAUGAGAGAGGAGUGGAAUGUAACGAGAGAUUGAGUGUGUAAUUGAGUGAACUAGAGAGAGAGUGUAGUGCAUGAGUGACUGUUUGUAAUGAUGAGUGAGAAAAAAGUGUGAUUAAUGAGGGUAACGAGUGAUGUAUUUACUGAGUAUUAUGAGUGCGUAAUAAUUCUACUAUAAUAAAAAUAGGAGAUACUACAAAACACUUAUAGCUGAA